CGACGGUGACGUCACGACCACAACACGCUUCAUGGCGUUCCCAGCAUAUUUUGAGGCCAUGAGGACUUCCCCUGGCUCGGAUGCCUUUUGACAGCUCGCUACACGACGGCAGGCCGCGGGACGGCAGGUGUUUAUCCUGGCGACGUGCGACCGGCCAUUCUCCUCUCACAAGUCACGAUGGAAAUGCGGCGGAGGGAGCGAGCCAAGGUCCGUUGAUGUUCUAGCCCAAAAAGUGUACAGCCAGAUCCGCGGACGGGACGAUGUGGUGGUUUCAAAUAUUCAUCACAGUCGGUCUUGGUGACUUGCUAAGGUGUGAAGAGAGCCAUCACAUGACAGUAGAGGAAAAGAACACCAUCAGGGAUCGCAUUGUUGAGAUGUUCGAUCAUGCGUACGGCAGUUACAUGAAAUACGCCUAUCCGGCCGACGAGCUGAUGCCUCUCAGCUGCAGGGGGAGAGUACGGGGCCAGGAGCCGAACCGAGGCGACAUCGACGACUCCUUGGGGAAGUUUUCACUUACGCUGAUCGACACCCUCGACACCCUGGUGGUGUUAAAUAAGCUGGAUGAAUUUGAAGAUGGCGUGAGGAAAGCGGUGCAGGAUGUGCGCCUGGACAAUGACGUGGUGGUGUCAGUGUUCGAGACCAACAUUAGAGUUUUGGGAGGUCUUCUGGGGGCGCACGUGAUGGCUGACUUGCUUCGGCAGCGCGGGGGGAGGAUGCAGUGGUAUGAAGACGAGCUCCUCAACAUGGCUACAGAGCUCGGCCACAGGUUACUGCCUGCCUUCAACACCUCAAGUGGCCUUCCUUACCCCAAGGUGAAUCUGCGUUACGGAGUGCAAAACCCACUCUCACGAACAGGCACUGAGUCGGACACCUGCACAGCUUGCGCGGGCACGAUGAUCCUGGAAUUUGCAGCCCUGAGCAGACUUUCAGGAGAGUCUGUGUUUGAGGAAUAUGCCCGGAAAGCCCUUGAUGUUCUCUGGGAGAGGAGACAGAGAGGAAGUGACCUGGUGGGGACUGUCAUCAAUAUUCACAACGGAGAAUGGGUCAGACGGGACAGCGGAGUUGGUGCGGGCAUCGACUCGUAUUACGAAUAUUUAAUGAAGGCCUACAUACUUCUGGGAGACAAUAUUUUCCUGGAGAGGUUUAACGUUCACUACAGUGCCAUAAUGAAAUACAUAAGUCAGCCUCCCCUGCUGCUUAACGUGCACAUGCACAACCCGACCGUGAGUGCACGGAGCUGGAUGGACUCUCUGCUGGCGUUUUUCCCCGGUUUGCAGGUCUUAAGAGGAGAUCUGAAACCAGCCAUCGAAACCCACGAGAUGCUGUACCAAGUCACCAAACAGCACAAGUUUCUUCCGGAGGCUUUUACCACAGAAUUCCGCGUUCACUGGGGCCAGCACCUCCUGAGACCUGAGUUUGCAGAAAGCACCUACUACCUCUAUAAGGCCACCGGUGACCCCUACUACCUCAGAGUAGGACAGUCCAUUGUGGAAAAACUCAACGCUUACGCCAGAGUGCCUUGUGGGUUUGCUGCUGUGCAAGACGUUCGCACCGGGACGCAUGAAGACCGGAUGGACUCAUUCUUCCUGGCAGAGAUGUUCAAAUACUUGUACCUGCUGUUCACCGAGAAGACGCAGCUGCCCAUCGACAUCGACAACUACAUCUUCACCACCGAGGCCCACCUCCUGCCCGUGUCUCUCUCCAAUGCGCAGCUGUCUUGUCAAGGCAACAAAACGGAAACGUAUCCUGCGGCCCACGAAGAGGAUCUGUUCCUACACACGUGCCCGAGCACAGACACAUUGUUCCCAAACAACCCCUCGUUUGCCAAAAGCAUCCGGGACAGCUACAAGUACUUGACGGGCGUGGGGCGAGCUGUCCACCCUUCACCCAUCAGGGGGAUUGAAUUACCAUUCCAUGAUAGUGGCAUCGAACCAGUGCAGUUCCUAAAAAGCAUGGGCAUUUCUCUCACUCCACUGAACCAUUUCAGCUCAGGAGACACCAGAAGGGAGCGCAAAGGAAUGUAUCGGGUGAAACUUGUGGCCGAGGUGAGACAAGCACUUGAGGAGGAGGAGGUGGUGCCUCAUGUGGUGCAGCUGAUAUCCCCUCCGUUUCUGGGGAGGACCGUGCUCACGGCGGGCCCUGCCAAGUUUGGAAUGGACCUCACCAAGCGAGAACACGGCGUGAAGGGCAGCAUAGCGAAGGCGUCCCCUUAUACAGCAUGCGGGCCACUAGAAAACCCAGCUGAGCUUAAAGGUCACAUCGCCCUGGCGCUGCGUGGCGAAUGCAUGUUCGCGGCAAAAGCCCGCUGGCUGCAGGAGGCGGGCGCCAUCGGAGUCAUCUUCAUCGAUCACCGCGAGGGAAGCAACAGCGAGGAAACUCCGCUCUUCCAGAUGGUCGGCGACGGCGAUUCCACCGGCGACGUCGCCUUGCCGUUGGUCUUCCUGUUCAGCCGCGAGGGCGCCGUGCUCACCGCGGCCCUGGACGAACAUCACAACGUCGACGUGCUGCUUCUGCCUAAAGAGAGGCAGCUGGGACACGUUAAGGCAGACCAACCUAUUAUUAAUAUUAAAUUGAGGCUUUCUGAAGAUGAGGACCUGGAGGAAGAAGAGGGAUCCUGUGGGUCCACUCUGAAGGUCCUACUUGACGAAAAGUGAAAGUCUCUCAUGAGACGAUUGUUGCGCUACAGCGCGUCUACAAACACAAAACUGUGAAGCAGAAGUGGUUCCCCACGGGAGCCUCAGAGCGGGCGGCCACGCGUUCACAAUGGCGGCGAAAAUGGAGCUUUAAUCCUCUGUUUUGAGACGUCGCCAUCGAUUAUUAUACUGGGAUCGAACCUCCCGUGUCGCUCGUCCUGAUGCCGCUACCGAUAACAUAACUCUGAGCUUAACACGAUACCUCACCCUCUGGGAGGGUUCACGUAAAGGUGGGGGGGGGGAAAAAGUGUUUUUAAUUGAGGUUUUGCACCUUUUUAUCCUAAUAGUGUUCAUCAUGAUGGAUAUUAGCUGGUAGGUUAGAUCAUGUUUCAACGAGUGAGGAAAAACAAUUUAAGCUGGUAAGCACCUUCAGGGAAAUUUAAGUGUUCUGUUUUCUGCAAUUGAGAAUGUGUACGUCAGUAUGUUUCACGACAUUAUCCAAUAUUCCAUUUUCAGCGUCCCACUUAUGACAAUAUGCUAUAUACAUAGAAUUAGACUGUCUUUACAAAGUCACAUUCCAAGGAAGGAAGAAGCGGUGUGGUAUUUUCAGGCCGUGCACAAUUAUUUCCCCACCUCUAAAAAUAUGUGCAAUUUUUAUGAUAUUGAUUUUGAAACUACUCAUGUUACAGUGCAGAGGAUUUAAUAUCAAGUCAGUUCUUGAUGCUAUAAAGGAGUAUUAAGGCCACAGGGGAGGAGAAAAAAAAAUACAAGAAUAAAGUAAUUUUUAUUCUCAUAAAAUGCAUUUUUUUCCCCUCAUAACAUUUUACUGAUGUGAAUUUCCGACAUUUGUUUCUUCACAAAAGUACUUAAAAGCUUUUUCCCUGCUUUUUUAUUUUUGGUCAUUGCAAAAACUUAACUUCUCAUUCUAUUUUUACAAAAUGACGAAGCUACAAACAUUGCAUCUUUUUAAUAGUAACUUUAUUCGCAUACCUCUAUUACUAUAUUCUCGUGAGCCAAUGACUUUAUUCUCAUAGUAUUAUAUUUCCUUGUGGCCCUAAUAAUCCUUAUUGUGAUGCAGCAUUACAGUAUUUUAUGCAAUAACUGCAGUCAUUUUUCUCAUCACAUAUAAUUGUUGAAAUUUCGCAAUAUGAAAUUAACUUGUACAUUUGUGUCCAUUUAUUAGAUUGAUGCAAAGAAGGACUGAAAAAGCUAUUUUCCAAUUCAUAAUUUAUUGAGUUCUUCAACAUACUAAAUGCAUCAAUCACAUCCGGUAUGUCCAUAUAUUGCACCAUUUUGAUUUUGGAAGAGGAUAAUGUUUUCCUAUUAUUUGCACAAUGGAUAUUUUCCAUCAUGCUGCUGAAUUUUGAAGUUACCCCCACCCCUCCCCCCUAUCCAAUAUUGCAGAAUGUGCCCAAUUGUUGUUUAUUAAGCAAAAUAUAUGGACAACAUUUAUACCUCAGGACUGUGCUUGUUGCUGUUCAUACAGAGCAAUGGAUAAAAAGUAGGAUCUAACUUUUGCAAAUUCCAUUCCCCUUUGUUUUUGUACUGUAUUUAGCAGUUUCCCAAGUCAUCAGUGGCUGAAAUGUGCCCCCGCCCCAAAAAAAUUAUUAAACAGCUCCUGUUAAGGCUGCUAAGGCAGUCAAUAAAAUAGUGAAAUAAU